CGCGGGCGGAUUCUCGCUGAGAGAAGGGCUAGGCCUGUUGCCAUGGGCAAGCACUUUGCAACGCCAUCGCUUUCGAGCACGAUGGCGCUCCGGGAUUUGCGUUGCAUGCUUCUACCGAUGAGAGGCCUGCGCUUUUUUCUUCGAACCACGAGAGGACUUUCUCGUCAGUAAUCCGC